GUCCUAUCACCUAUGUGGCUAUAAUGUAUCAUCUAUUUGUUUUACUGUAUCAGAAAUUACUCCCAAAAAUUUAGAAGGCUAUGGAAUUGAUAUCUUGAUUUUUAAAAAAGUUCAUAAAAAGUUAGAUGCAUUCAAUUAGGAUUUUAAAAAUUCAAUAACAUAUUAGGUGAACUUUACACUAAUGAUGAACGCCACUUUUCCAUAAAAAACACAAUUAUGAUAAUCUGAUGUGACUUUGUUGGUGAAUACUGUAUACUUUAAUUUAUACUCCCUUCAUUCCGAAAAAUUCUUCUCACUUUGACUUGGAUCAAAGUUUAAUGCAAGUGAAAAAUGGCAUUCCAUGUAUACCCCUAUAAUAAAUAAAGUGGCGGCCGAAAUGGAAGGGGUAAAAGAAAUUACUGCAAGUACAAAAAAGCUAAAUUUGAUGUGAUAGCUGCAAAAGAAGGGAUAAUUCCCUGCAAAAACCCUACUUACAUAAAAACUUCCCUCCAAAAUUUCCCUCCCUUUUUAGCAUCUAUAAAUACACUUUCUAAAAGAAGAAUUUACUACACAUAGCACGCACACACAACGCACUAGACUACACACGGACUACAUGCAAUGUAUGGUAGCCAACAUAAAUGUUGCCCAGUUUCUUCUUCCCCUUCUGCACCUUCCAUAAAUGAAGAUUUGGCUUCAUCUUCAUUAACUGCUUUUGCACCUUCCAUAAAUGAAGAUUUGGCUUCAUCUUCAUUAAUUGCUUCUGCACCUUCCAUAAAUGAAGAUCUGGCUUCAUCUUCAUUAGGCUCUUCUGCAGAUCUGCAAACAACAACAUAACACCCAAGCUCAAAUAUCAAAGCAAAAAGGUUAGGAAACAAGGAAAGAGAGAGCUUAAUAGAUGAAAUGCUGAUCACUUCUAAAAGAGAUUAUUCUGGGGCAUUACUAGCUCAGAGAGGUCUAUUUUCUAAGCUAGCCACUAAAAACUCAGUGACAAGAAGAACUAUUUUCAACAUUUGGAAUACAGCCAAAGAGCAACUUGAAAACGGGGAUGUUGUAGAUGUAAGUACAAAGUGGGUGGGAAACUGAGGCAGAGAAAGAGUCAUGUUUGAUGUUAGUCAUAUUCCAGAAUCCCUCUCCAUAAAAGGACCAACAUAAAUGCACUUGCCUCUGCCUCUUGACUGUCGAAGUCAACCAUUCACAGGCUGGUUAGCAGAGGUAUUCUCAGAAAUCAAACUAAUGUUAUAAAUCCUUUGCUAAGUGACACAAACAGGAUGUCAAGACUGAAUUUCUGAGUUGGUUGAAAGCUCAAGCUUGGGAUUCUAUAGAGGUUGAGUCGGACUCUUUUUAGCAGUCUCGGAAAUUCAAAGUGGCUCAAGCUUGUCGUAUGGUGGAGUGAUUGCGGAUGACAUUAGAGAUAUCAGCUUGGAGUUUAAUAAUAUAUCUUUUUCUUUUGUUCGGCGUUCAGCUAACAAAGUCGCACAUACAUUAGCCAAAGCGGCUUGUUCUUUGUCUGAAAGUCAGAUUUAGCUGUUUACUCCUCCGAGUUGUAUUGUUGACGCUUUAUCUUUUGAUUUGAUUAAUGCUAAUUAAAUUUGUUGGGGCAAAAAAAAACUCCAUCAAAACCAGUUUUUAUAAAUUUUCAUAACUGCAUACACAUAGAUGAAAAAUGGUUUUUCUUGUCCAAAACAUCACAAAGAUACUACAUGGGCCUACAAGAGCACGAUCCACAUAGAGUAUGCAAAUCCAAAAGAUUCAUAACUAAAGUUAUGUCACUAGGAGCAGUUGGUAGGCCUCUAUUUUCAGAAAAUGAUGAUGUUCUUCGGGAUGGAAAAAUUGGUAUUUUCCCAUUUGUUGAGAAAGUGGCAGCUACAAGAAAAGGCAAAAAAAGAAAUGCAGGGAUCAUGGAUACCAAGCCUAUACUUAGCAUUACAAAAGCAAUGUUUAAAGACAUGCUAAUACACACAGUGCUACCUACAAUCAAGGACAAAUGGCCAGAACAAUUAAGCAAGGAAAUCAUUAUCCAAUAGGAUAAUGCAAGGCCACACAUUCUAGAUUCUGAUCCAGAUUUUAUGGUUGCCUCUAAAGCUGGGCAAUCCAGUCUCUAAAAGACCAGAAAGCACCGAAGAAUGUGGAUGAAUUGUUACAGGGAGUUGAUGAGGCAUUCUAUUAGCUUUCACCCAUGACUCUCAACAAGGUGUGGCUUAGCUUUCAAUAUGUGAUGUUAGAG